AUGAACUACGCAACUUCGGCGCCUGCUGCCACUGCUGGUGGUCAGCAAAAUGGACCUCCUGUAUGCCAGAACUGCGGCACAAGCACCACUCCGCUAUGGCGUCGCGACGAGAUGGGCUCUGUCUUGUGCAAUGCUUGCGGCCUCUUCCUCAAGUUGCACGGUCGCCCUCGUCCCAUCAGCCUCAAGACCGAUGUCAUCAAGAGCCGCAACCGCGUCAAGACGGCCACCGGCCCCAAGAAGAAGCCCUCGCUUGAAUCGCCCGGCUUCCACCAUGAUUCCAACACACCCAUGGGUUCAUACCCUCCUCACCGCCGUCACUCGGAUCGCGUCUCAUCCGGCGAACACCAACGCUCUCCCUCGCCUUCAUCUCGCACAAACACUCCUGGCAUGGUCUCGCACAACCCCAACAUUGCUCCUCAACACGUCUUCGAUAAUGUUUCUCUGUCCGAGUCCUCCUUCCAGCCUUCUGGCCUGCCUACCUUCGCUCUUCGCCAGCCAUCCCCUGCACCUUCGGUCAACGGCAUGCAUCCCGAACACGGCCACCAGUACCCUGAGAACAACAGUCUCAAGACCCGCGUGAGCGAGUUGGAAGUCAUCAACGACCUGUUCCGCGGUAGAGUUGCUGAGCUUGAACAGAGCGAGCAAAACGCUCGUGCAAAGGAGGCUUCAGCUCGCGACGCUGCAGACCAGUACAAAGCCGACCUCGACGCUGCCUUGGUCCGCGAGGCCGCUCUCAAGAAGAGAGUCGAACUCCUCGAGGCCGAGGUCGAGUCCUACAAGUCACAAGCAGCCCCACCACCCAAGCGUCUCCGUCUGAGUGAUGUUGUCCGCGAUGACAGCUCGUCUACUGACUCAAAACCUGCUGCAUCGUCUGAAUCAACGACUGCCACUGCAGCCGCUUAG